UCUACAAUGUUAUUUUUCUGACUGCUGCUAGUGGACGAGAAAUUUGGUCUGGCGGAGAAGUGAGUGGGUUUGUGCUGGUGUUCGUGUUCGAUAUUGUGAUUUAUUAGUAAUAGAUCACGAAGAUGUCGUCACCGAGCGCUGGGAAACGUCGGAUGGACACAGAUGUCAUCAAACUCAUUGAAAGUAAGCACGAGGUGACCAUAUUGGGCGGGCUCAACGAGUUCUGCGUGAAAUUCUUCGGACCCCCAGGAACUCCAUACGAGGGUGGCGUGUGGCGAGUACGCGUACACCUCCCCGACCACUACCCCUUCAAGUCGCCCUCCAUCGGAUUUAUGAACAAGGUCUACCAUCCCAACAUCGACGAGGUAUCGGGCACUGUAUGCUUGGACGUUAUCAAUCAGGCCUGGACCGCACUUUACGAUCUGUCGAACAUAUUCGAGUCGUUCCUACCACAACUGCUGACGUACCCGAACCCCAUAGACCCGCUGAACGGAGACGCUGCCGCCAUGUACCUGCACAAGCCUGAAGAGUACAAGAAGAAAGUUUCAGAUUAUGUGAGAAGAUUCGCCACAGAAGAGGCUCUGCUCGAAAAAGACGCUAUCACCGGCAUGGGCGGUGCGCCGGCCUCCUCCUCAGCCAACAAGUCCAACGGCGCCGCCAACAACAACGCGUCCGACACCGAGAGCUCCAUGAGCGACUUCAGCGACGACGAGGCGCACGGCAUGGAGUUAUAACGCACGCCCGCGUCGCCACACUCGCUCACUGCCGCCGUGCAAGUGCACGUGCCGCCUGUCGGCUGCCGUUAGGUUUAUGAAUUUAGAACUGACGGAACGUUGGGGGUUUCGAAAUUGUACAUAGUUAAGGGAAAUGUUCGUCUGCAAUUUUAAUUGAUUUAUUUAAUGUUACCUAUAUGCAGUUCGAUAAUAAAAAGUAGAAAUACAAUAAAAAAAGAAGAAAAUAUUCUACACGAGAAUAUAUGUAGAAUAAACGAAUAUUGUUACAUUUAAAUGGUUGUAAACGACCAAGGUAGGCAGUUGAAAGUAUUAAUAUUUGCUCUUUGAACCAUCAUAUGAAUGCGGCUUAAUAUGUACCUAAAGUUGUUGUAAAAAUAUGUACCUAUUGUCGGUCUGUAAAUGUAUUGAAAAUUUUUCGUUAAAAUGUAGACGAGUCAAAGCCUUAACUAUGUACAAUAACUUUGAAAUUCACCUAUAAGUUGUUUGAAUUUGGAUCGUUGAAACGUUUCGGGAGCUGUUUUGAAUUUGGAAUCGGUUCGGAAGAUCGGCUCUGUUUGAAUUUCGAAUUUUGCUGUUUUAGCGAUGAAAAACGUCAGUACGGGACUAUGGUCCAAGGAUUUAGAAAUCAAUAAAGACAUGUCAGUACAAUACAAUUUAUAACCUAAAAUAUUUACAAAUUGUAUUGAAAUGAUAACUUUCGGGGACCAUAAGUGUCAGCAUUUGCUCUCGUGCUGCGUUGAUUCGUAAACUGUAUUUUAGUCCAACUUAUCAAUUUAUUAUUAACGACUAAUGCUGUAACUAUAAUUCUAAUAAUGGUUGGUAAAAUGUUAAAUCGCGUGAUAUAUCGAUGUCUGUCAUGUGGCUUCUCAAUUGCAAUUAUAAUUUUGAUAUAAAAAUCAACAGACCUCAGAGGGAUAGACAUUUACUGGUAAAAUAUAUUAAAUUUUAUAAUUUUCGUCCUAAAGGCCUAAGACUCAAAGCCACAAAAAAGUUUAUAAGAAUAUCUUGUGAAAUAUACCGUAAAUUGAAGUCCGAAUGGUCUCUUGAUUUUAAUAGCGUCUUUUUUUUAUAACUCAUUUAUUCCUUAUUUACCAGAGUAAUAGAGUCAUUAAAAAGAGAAGCUCUAGAUCUUGAAAAUCGGCAAUAAAAUGCAAAUUUUCUUAAAAUUGUGAUGAUGCCUGCAGAUUUGAAUCGAUAUGUCUUUACUCUGUCGUCGUGUUCGCUACCAUAAAAUUUGCCAAAAAUCGUUUGGACUUUAAUUACCAAUAUUAUGUUUUUAAAUAGGGUAAUUCGCCAGCAACUGGCCGGUUUUAGUAACUGGCCACCCUAAAGUGAAAAUGAAUUUUAUUCACCUAUAAAUACAUUUUAGUAUAAGGUGGCCAGUUAUUGAAACAUACUAAAAUGAGUUCAGUUUAUAGGUGAUUAGAAUUCAUUUUUAGUUUAGGGCGACCAGUUCACAUAAUAAAAAUCCAAAAUUUCAAGCCCAUUUUACAAUAGCUAAUCUUAGAUACUAUUAUAUAUCAUCGAUUUUAUGAUCACCUAUUAAACCUUACCAAUUUGCUGCUCACAUUAUAAAUAUCCUAAAUGUAGCCUAUUUUAAGCAUUUUUUACAACAGCUGAUCUUAGAAUCUAUGAUGUCAUCGGUUUUGACUAAGGCCUGUGAUGGUCAUGAUUGUUAUACAAAAGAUACAAACGCUUUUGGUAGCAGAUACGACACAGAGUAAAUUUUUGAAUCAUCGUCAACCUCAAUAUGUUGAACCUGAAUAAAAAUGAACAUACAUAUCUGACAUCAGGAUACCCAGUAUCGAUAAGAUGCGUUUACUUUUGGCGUCUAUCGUGUGAUAGGUCACUCUCGCACUUACAACAUAGGUACUACUAGAGACUAUAAUAAUAUAAUCGGUGAUAAUAAAUAAUAGCCACAACGGAGUACAGAACCUCUUCCUUCUUGGAAUUGAAAUCAGUUAAAAAGUACAAUCAUGGUAGACACACUGCUGGAUUAAAAAUUUACAAUAGUCGUCAUUACUUUAAAAUUCAGUUUGCAUUUGUUGAAGUGACGACGAUUCAAACACUCGAAUAAAAGUUGUAAAAGGGUUGUUCGACUUCGUGUUUUAAAGUUAUCGGUGUUAAGAAUUGAUUCAUAGCUCGGCUUGUCUUUUGUCCUGCUCUUAGGCUAGCGGCAAUAUGAAUAGGGAAUAAAGUGUUCACAAGUUUCGGUGUAACUAACUUUAGGGGUGCGGUUAUGUAGCGCUGAGUUAGGCACAUUUUUAAACAAAUUUGUCUUUUAUAAUGGUCCUAAAAUCUAUAAUAAGUCAACUUUUGCUUAUAUAAACGCCUUGAGCUAGACAAAGAAAAGUCUGCAACGAUUUUGAUAGCGUACGCAGUGCAAGUGUUAUUUAUACAUACGUCAUAAUUUCAUAGAAGUUUGACAUUUAAAACAACACUUGCACUGCGUGUGCUAUCAAAAUCGUUACAGGCUUGGUCUAAUUCUAUACAUAAUAUUUUAAAUGCAAAACUUCGCUGAGACUCUGACAUAUUAAGUAAGUACAUUUAAAACGGGUCACUCACGCUUUCAAGCGUUCAAAUUUAAAACGUGAGUGACUCGUGUUAAUUUAUAAUACAUAUAUAGAUGGUCAAGCAGAUCUUGACAGUAGAAAAAGGCGGCAAAUUUUAAAUGUAGGCGCGAAGGGAUAUCGUCUCAUAGAAAAUUUUAAUUUCGCGCCUUUUUCUACUGACAAGAUUUGCUUGACCAUCUAUACUUACAUUAUAUUUUGUUUUAUAUCUUGCAUUCAUUCUUAACGUUUGUAUUGGCAAGAUCUUUUAGAUAAAUAUGAUUCAUUAAUUGAUCCAUUUUAAUACAUAUUUGUUAAUUGCAAAAACAACACUAUAACGUAAAUUGGACCUAUUGUAAAAGGCUAAAUUUGGAUUAAAAACUGCUUGAAUUUUUCCGUAGGUGUCUUGUAUCAAACAUGUAAACGUUAGAUUUUAAAUGCGUAUGAUAACAUACUCAUAUUAAAAAACAUUUUAAAACUCAAGUUAUAACACGCGUGAGUGAGCGAGGUAGCAUUUUGUAAAUAUCUUAAAUUCUGUCCCCAUAGCAUAAAACAACUUAAAUCUAAUGAGCCCGUCAUGGACUACAGUCAUCACUUUAUAUCUCAUAGGUAUUUAAAUAUUUUUUAUCGUAGCAUUAAUUUUUAAACGAACGAUGUGUCAUGUUUUGUGUUUUUCCCUUGACAUAAUUUCUACGGCAACAUUUGUCUAUUGUUUUUGACUCUGUUGUGAUUAUGAAAUGCGAAAUCAACAUCUGUGAUUUAUUCUCGAUUUUUAAAGUGUCAAUUCAGUGGUGAGGGGAUUCAUUCAGUACUUAUGUGAUCGCUCGUUCCGACAAUAGACAUAUUUGUUUUGUUAGCACAAUUUUUUAAGACUUACAACGUCUCCUGAUGAUUGAGAACCGAACCCAUCCAUCCCAGUAAUGGAACAUGACAAGUAUAUGUGCCACAGUACCAAUAUAUAGUUUUUGUUCCCUAAAUUGGCAAUUAACCUCUUAAAUCUGAAAAAUAUAGCUCGUGCUAAACUAAUAGGGGGCGAACAGAAAAUAAACCUAAAAGAUUAAUUUUUAGUAUGAACUAGGCAUUUGACAAAAAUAACAUUUUUCAGGCUAUUAUCAGCUAUAGGCCUUUUUACAGCACUGUUGCACAUUUAAUAGUCUUGUUGGUUUCAUAAUAAGAGUCAGGGUGGUGUUGUAAGAUAUUUUAACUUUUAACAGUUUGCUUACACCAAAUAGGUAGCAUUUCUGUAUGACUUGACAGUUGACAGUAGCUACGCCGGUCCUGCCAAAAGGUUUGGUGUUUUCAGAUGUCGUUCUUGGCAAAAACACAUCAACAAAUAAUCAAUAUGGAUCAUAGAUUUUAUUAUGACAUUGUCAAUUUUAAACUGAAAGGUAUGAUACCUGUAAUAUGCAUUUUUGAAGUUAUGUUUGAUAAGUACUUAAAAUAAAUCAAUACGUCAAAGCAAGUUGAAUGUUUACUACUAACUUUUUAUCUUAUUUUAAUAUGUUGAGAUUGAUAGUGAAAGAAAUAUUAUCAUCUAUUAUUACACUACUUAUAAUUGAGUUUUAUAUUUUUUUGUAAAAUGUAUUAUGAUCAAUGCAGGUUUUUGCCCAAAUAUGAAGAAGGACAUCUGUAAACUAAGUAACAUUACAAAACAGAUCUCUAAUAUGACAUGUUGCGAACUAUAAGUGUUGCAAUCGUCGGUAAAAAUAAGUUUAGUAUAGAUUAAGUUCACUGGUAGGAACUGUCGGUAUUCUGAAUAAUAUUGUCUAAUUUUCAUUUCAAAUAGUUUAUUUGUCAAAAAAUGGCGUUAAUAUGUUUUUUUUACAAUAUUAUAGGGAAUUUAUUUCUAUUAUAAGAUUAUAACACAUGAUUAUGACGUUAUAUAUUUUCCGUUAUAACUCCAAUAAAACUAUUUACUUGUAUAUUUUUUUUUAAUCAGUUUUGACAUAUUUAAUCUACUAAUAUGUUAAAAACUUACAGCUUUGUGUGGAUAUUUGUGUUUCUCCAAUUACCGGAUCUAUAAAUAUAUAUUUUCAUUAAAAAUACAAACAUUAGUUCGAUAGUUCCUGCCGGUAAGCGAUUUAGAUAUAACACGAAGAAUAUAUGAAUAUUAUAGAUAUAGACAUAUUGUAUCUUUGAAAUGAUAACUCAAGCCAUAAUAAUAUAUUUUGGUAUAAGGAGAUAACAGAAAAUUUCUCGUUUUUAUUGUGAAAGUUGGGUUGGCAGUAUUGUUUUGGUAUUUAAUACAUAUUAUUGAGCUUGUGCCAGACCCGGUUUUGGAUUGCACGCUAAGCGAUAGUUAUACAAUCAAUAUGCGGAUUUGAGAAGAUUUUUGGGCGCAUAAAUAUUAUGUUAAAUUUCUCUGCUUAGCGGUGAUUUUUGCAAAAUUGCUACAUGGUAAAAAAUGUAAAAAUAUCACUGGCGCAUACCAAAAAACUUCUCAAUGCAAGUUAUUUUGACGUGAUCCUAUUACAAAGGAACUUAAAGUCUGCAUAUUAAUUAUUAAAAUUAAUUAAUUAUAUUAUAUAUGUCUUUUGGUUGUUUUUCUGUAAGCACUGUGUUCAAAACAAACUUAUUUUACAAAAAAAAAAUGUAUUUGUUUGGGCAGUCGCAUUUCAUUAUAGAUAUGUAUCAUAUAUCCUUAAAUUAUACUUCAAAAAUAUGCGGCUUUAAGGAGAAAGGUUAAAAUUGUGAAGAUGCUUUAAAUUCUACCUCAAAAUGGCGGUAUUUGUCUAUGGUCAUGAUCACGUCACAAUUACUUUUUUAUCGCUAUAUAAAUAGAAUCAAAUCAAUGGUGUCCCGCCCAUAGCGGUUGUACAUGAGAGAAUAAAGCGUUUUUAUUCUAUUUUUAUUUCAUUACAUGUAAUAAACUUACGUUAUUUUUAAACUA